CCUCGCCGAUAACGGAGUCGGUAGUGUAAGCAGUGUUGUGUGCUCUCCUUGCGUGGUGGAUGAUGGCCGCUUCAAAGCCCGUUGAGCCGCAGUCCGGGAGCAGUCUCCCCCGCUGGCAGCUGGCCCUCCUGAUCGGAACCCCCAUAGUCCUGGGUGUAGGAGCUGUUUACCUGUGGAACCGCAGCAAGACGAAGGACUCACCGGGGAAACGGAAUGGGGAACGGACAACUCCAGAAGGCAGCGCGAGCCCCGUCCAGGGCCAAGACGGCGCAGCUAACCGAGCUAGUCGCGAGCUGGAGGACAUGAGUCCUCUGGACCGGGCCCAGGGUGCUAAGAACAAGGGCAACAAGUACUUCAAGGCUGGGAAGUAUGAGCAGGCCAUCCAGUGUUACACAGAGGCCAUCGGUCUGUGUCCUAGAGAGAACCAUACAGACCUGUCCACCUUCUACCAGAACAGAGCUGCUGCCUACGAACAGCAGAUGAUGUGGACAGAGGUGGUGCAGGACUGUACCCAGGCUAUAGAGAUGAACCCACGCUACAUCAAGGCUCUGUUCAGGAGGGCAAAGGCCCUGGAGAGACUGGACAACAAGAAGGAAUGCCUGGAGGAUGUGACGGCGGUGUGUAUCCUGGAGGCCUUCCAGAACCAGCAGAGUAUGCUGCUAGCAGACAAAGUCCUCAAACUGCUGGGGAAAGAGAAGGCCAAAGACAAAUACAAGAACCGUGACCCCCUGAUGCCUUCUCCUCAGUUCAUCAAGUCCUACUUCAGCUCUUUCACCGAUGACAUAAUCAGCCAGCCGCUUCAGAAGGGCGAGAAGAAGGACGAGGACAAGGACAACGAGGGCGAGGCCGCAGAAGUCACAGAAAGUUCUGGUUAUCUGAAGGCCAAGCAGUACAUGGAGGAGGAGAACUAUGAUAAGAUUAUCAGUGAGUGCACUAAGGAGGUGGAGUCUGGGGGCCGGUACACUGCUGAGGCCCUGUUGCUACGGGCAACCUUCUAUCUCCUGAUUGGCAACGCCACCGGCGCCCAGCCCGACCUGGACCGGGUCAUUAACAUGGAGGACGCCAACAUCAAG